AUGGUGCACACGAAGUACCUAGUGGUGGCCUCUUCCUUGACAAUUCAGCAAUCUCCAUUAUUUCCAGAUCCUGAUUACAAACCUACUCCUGAAAGCAAUCGAACCUCACCGGCAUGGAUUAAGAAGAUCACGCUAGAACUCAGACGCUACACCCUUUUUCCCCAACGUUUCUCACCUACGAGAGAUGAGAUGCCAAAGCUGGUAAAAGACUUCAAUAACAUCCCUGAUGCGCACUGGCAAAUGUGUGUGGGACAGUGUCCAAAGCCCGACAACUUUUUUGUGUGCAGCGAGGUGCUAGUGGCCAUGGAGGCUUUAUCAAAGGCAUUAGUGCGUGCCUUCGUAAUGGCGCCCAAUAAUAUCGAGCAGUUUAGGUUUUCUUCUCUCCUCCUCCUCUUCUCCCUUCUGAUAAACUAUGUGAAACAAGGGGAGAGGGAGGAGAAAAAGUGCACCUCUGUUUUCAUAUUUGAGAAUGAUGAGAUCGACAGCGUGUCUACAACGUACGUUUGCCCCUCCCUAGCCACGUUCCAGUUCUGA